AGACGUCAUCAGAGAGCGCCAGUGCCGGGGAAUGAGAACGCUGUGUGGAUGUUUAUGAUUAUAUUUCAUGAUUUUUUUAGAAUAAUGUACUUGAAUUUAAGUUAGUGUGAUCUUGACAAUAAAACGACACAGAAGUGGGAGAAUCGUUUUGUGCUUAACCAUGGCAGCCGCCACCAAAACCCCCCCAGGUGCAGACCCCAAGCAGUUGGAGCGCACGGGUACCGUCCGAGAAAUCGGAUCACAAGCUGUAUGGUCCCUGUCAUCCUGUAAGCCAGGGUUUGGAGUCGAUCAGCUAAGAGAUGAUAAUCUGGAGACGUACUGGCAGUCUGACGGGUCUCAGCCGCAUCUAGUCAACAUUCAGUUCAGGAGGAAAACCACUGUGAAGAUGCUGUGUAUUUACGCCGAUUAUAAAUCUGACGAGAGCUACACCCCCAGCAAGAUCUCAGUCAGGGUCGGAAACAACUUCCACAACCUGCAGGAGAUUCGGCAGUUAGAGAUGGUGGAGCCGAGCGGUUGGAUUCACAUUCCGCUUCUAGAUCUGGUGAACAACCCCAUCAGAACCUUCAUGAUCCAGAUCGCUGUGCUGGCCAACCACCAAAAUGGGCGCGACACGCACAUGAGACAGAUCAAGGUCUACACGCCUGUGGAGGAAAGUUCUAUUGGCAAAUUCCCACGAUGCACCACUGUAGACUUCAUGAUGUACCGCACCAUCAGGUGACCUGAGCUCGCAUGGAUGGACUGAGCGGCAGACUUUGUCUUCAUUUAAGACUCUAUCCUGGAUUGAAAUCACUUCAGGUUCUUUUGAAAUGUGCCAAGAUGUGUUUUGUUAAGGAAAGUGUUUUAGAGAUCAAUCCGUAUGAAUGUGAAUGCUACAGAAAAUAAAUGUUUGUUUUCGAAAUGAGGAAAAUUUGUUCUGCAUUGGUU